AUGUCGUCAUCCUCCCUCUCCUCCUCGCCUCUGCCCAAGGUCGCUCCCACUCGCCUAGGCAAGAGCGUCAUCACCUCCAACAAGCCCCUCGACGACGCGAAAUGGAUCGAACUGCGCGCACUCGAAUGGACCGACCAAGACGGCAAGGAUCGCAAAUGGGAGACCGUUAGGCGCAAGACGACCAACGAAGCCGGCGUCGACGCGGUCGCGAUCGCCACUUUGCUCAAACACCCUUCUCGGCCCUUGUCGACCAUCAUCAUCCUUCAAUACCGACCACCUAUCGAUGCGAUCUGCGUCGAGCUCCCCGCGGGACUGAUCGAUGCCAAUGAAGGACCCGAAAAGUCCGCGCUGAGGGAAUUGCACGAGGAGACGGGCUAUGGAGGACCAGCUUUCGAAGGGAGGAUCAAGAUCGUUGAGCUUGGGGGCGUCGUUCCUUCUGACCCAGGCAUGAGUGUCGCCAACAUGCAUCUUGGUAAGCCUUCGAACAGUGGUUGGACUUGCGUCAGCAUACACUGAUCCCUUUUCCCUUUCGUUUCAUCCACCAGCCACGGUCGAGGUUGAGCUCAAGGAAGGCGAGGAAGAGCCGGAGCCCAAAUUGGAGCCAGGUAAGUCCUUUGCUUAGCCUGUCUACAUCCACAUUGCGUUCAGUUAACAGUCCAAAACAUCUUCGUUCAUCAGGAGAACACAUCGAAGUACGCGUGACCCCGCUCGCCGAACUCUACUUGCACCUCAAGGCCUACGAAAAACUCGGCUAUACCGUCGACGCCCGAUUGCACCAUUUUGCCGCCGGCAUCGAAAUGGCGAAAAAGUACAAGCUCUAG